CCAAAGUGUCCGAGAUAACUGAGCGCGUCUGCUCGCCGUUGCGCUCUUCGUUUCCUCUCGCCGCGGAUGUACGGGAGACCAACCUCGGACAUCUAAUGACAUAUGUAACGGAGGCGCCGCCAGAGGGGACGGGACCGAAUCCUAACACGUUCAUAUGAGGCUGAUGUCUGUUCCCAGUGAGGAGACUACAGUCCUCAGGAGCCACAUUGCACCUCCCCUCCACCUCCACCGCCAUCUCUUCUUCCUUUGUCUAGGGGCAUGCCUUCUGAACCCAGCCUCAGCAGUAGGGAGAUGCUGACAGGACAGAGGCUCUGUCAGUCGAGGUCCCACCAGGACUCGGUCCUCUCUGCCCUCAACCAGCAGAGGAAGGAUGGCUUACUGUGUGACGUCACCCUGGUAGCUGGCGAGCAGAAGUUCCACGCCCACAAAGCCGUCCUGGCAGCGUGCAGCGAUUACUUCAGGGCUAUGUUCAGCUUGUGCAUGGUGGAGAGUGAGGCAGACGAAGUGACUCUGCAAGGAGUGACCGGCGUUGGAUUGAAGCAUGCUUUGGAUUUUGCCUACACUGGACAGAUCCUGCUGGAGCCGGCAGUGAUCCAGGACGUCCUGUCUGCAGGCAGCCACCUUCAGCUGCUGGAGCUCCUCAGUCUGUGCAUUCAUUUGUAUGUUUAUGUAUUCACCCUGCAGGAACUGAGCAGUGUGAACUACCUGGAGCUGUACCGCGUGGCUGACCUGUUCCACCUCCCCGCCUUAGAGGAAGCCGUGGUGGGCUUCCUGGUGGAGCAUCUGUCUGAGCUGAGCCAAAGCAGGCAGGAUGAGGCCCUGCAGCUGCCCUACCGCCUCCUCAGGGAGGUGCUGAAGAGCGACCGCCUCACCUCCCUGAGCGAGGAGGAGAUAUGGAAGUUGGUCGUUCUGUGGCUGGAACACGACUGUCGCUACCAGUACACUGAGGAUCUACUCCAACACGUCCGCUAUAGCCUGAUGGAUGUCCCCACACUGCACCACCUUGCCCGCAGCCACCCUCUGGUCCAGUCCAGCCCUACUGCUGCCGCCCUGGUGGAGGAGGCCCUGGACUACCACCACGCCACCUUCGCCCAGCCCCUCCGCCAGUCGGCCCGCACCAGACCCCGUUUCCAGUCUCUCACUCUGUACAUAGCCGGCGGGCGGAAGCGGGAGGUGAGCAGAGUCAGGGAGCUGCGGUACUUCAACCCAGCUGUGCAGGAGCAUGUACGUGUUGCAGGCGGGUCGAACUGGAGCGAGCUGGCUCCCAUGCCCACUGGGCGCAGUCACCAUUGUGUGGCCGUAAUGGGGAACUUCCUGUUUGUCGUGGGUGGGGAGGUGGAACACGCCACCGGGAGGACAUGUGCGGUAAGGACUGCUUGCCGAUACGACCCCAGGGGCAACUGUUGGACUGAGAUUGCCCCCAUGAAGGCCUGCAGAGAACACUUUGUCCUUGGUGCUCUGGGUCAGUACCUGUACGCAGUGGGGGGGAGGAAUGAGCUGAGGCAGGUGCUGCCCUCCGUGGAGCGCUACUGUCCCAAGAGGAACAAGUGGAUGUUUGUCCAACCCUUCGACCGCUCCCUCUCCUGCCAUGCUGGCUGUGUGGCUGACAACCUGCUCUGGGUCUCAGGUGGGGUGACAAACACAGCUCAGUACCAGAACCGACUGAUGGUGUAUGACCCAGAACAGGACCAGUGGUUGGCCCGCAGUCCCAUGUUGCAGAGGCGGGUUUACCACGUCAUGGCGGCGGUGAGGAGGCAGCUCUACGUGCUAGGUGGGAACGACCUGGACUACAACAACGACCGCAUCCUGGUCCGCCAUAUCGACUCCUACAACAUGGACCUGGACCAAUGGACGCGCUGCUCCUUCAGCCUCCUCACUGGUCAAAAUGAGUCCGGAGUUGCCGUGCACGAUGACAGGAUCUAUGUGGUUGGAGGAUACUCCAUUUGGACCAACGAGCCUCUGGCAUGCAUUCAGGUGCUGGAUCUGAGCACAGAGGGGAAGGAGGAGGUUUUCUACGGGCCAACACUGCCAUUUGCCUCCAAUGGGAUAGCAACCUGUUUCCUCCCUGCUCCUUACUUCACCUGCCCAAACCUACAGACUCUACAAGUACCCCAUCACAGGAUAGGUGCCGUUUAAACCACUGAACAAAACGCCACAGAACACGAACAUGUAAAACCAGAGGAUGAAGGAGUCUCAACUCUGGACCGUCACUAUCUGCAAAGGUGACUGACAAAAAUGUACCUGAUCAUAAGUAAUCAUUCUGGAACCUGCCAUCUCUGUCGCACGAGUGUACAGGGAUUUCUUUGAGACCCAAAUGUAAUAACAAUACUAUCCUGAUCUACAAGAGCCAUGGUAUUCUGCAAGCUUCUAGGAAACUGAAAAAACAAGCAGCUCUCUCAAUAAUACAGCAUACGUGUUGUAUUUCCCCAAAGACUGAGACACCAUUCAUGAUGUCCAGCGAAAGACACGGCGAGCAAGAAGAAAUAACUGCAGAGGGAUUACAAUUCCCUAAGAAGACAGGAAUAAAAUGCCAAUCCUAUUACCAAUUAAGUGACUUGUGGUAAGCGGACAUUUCUGAAUUGCUCAAUUGUCCACAGGAGUUCAAAGAAGUUGUCCUUUUUGUAACCCAUCAUAGGACUGUAGGAGCUUUUUCUCUGUAUAACAUUUCCAUCAAAUCUCUAUAAUCACGUUUGUGGCCUGAAAAACAUGCACCGGAUGUUUUUCAAGAUAUAAAGGGCCAAGCCUUUUUUCUCAUUCACUUGCAUGUACGCUGAAAUUACAGAUUGGGUUAGCAAGUGUCAAGAGCCUGAGUGCAUCAGUGCAUAAAUGACCCUGGAUUUUUAUUCAAAUAAGGUGAAAAUACUUGAUUUCUCUGCAAAAGCAGCGACACACUACUGUAUGUGUGUAUGUUAUUGACCUGUGAGACUUUUAUUAUGCUCAGGACCUAAGACUGUUCAAUUGAAUAUCUGGUCGUUGCCAUCAUUCAGAGAAUAUCUGUUGAAUAUUCUACAACGGUGUGUAUAUGAUAUUGUAACACUCCAUCAUGAUCAUUUGCAAAACAAAAUGAUUUCACUUUGACCAAAAGAGAGAAAAUGCAAUCCCUGCACCUUUCCGUCACCCCAAAACAUGUCUGAAAGAAUACAUGGAGCAUUUUCAGAAUAAAGAAAUAAGAAAUAAACAGCACUGGAAUAUAUUUUCAUAAGGAGUGUUAAUAGCUAUGAUGGGAAAAAGGUGGAUUAUUUAGCAGCAACAGAUAACUAAACACUAAAACAUCACUUCGACUGCUUCUCUGUUGCUUCUCCAAAAAGAAUGCAGUACGGCAGAAAGCCGCCCAGACGAAGGGAUGCAUUGCAGUUUGAUGAGGCUGGAAAAUGACUAGCAAUGACAGAAAA